AGUGUAGACUAUUAAAACUAUAUGAUUGCAUGGAGUUGAUCUACAUCAAUGUGUGCGUGCUAAGUAUCUAAAUUACAUGUAUAUCAAAUAAGUAAAAUCUCCCCUAAGUUAAAGUGAAAACCGUUUCACGCAGGGUAAGAAACUGCACUAACGCGGGAAAAGUACAGCUGGUAACUAAGCACCCCGCCAAUUUUUCUAGACUCUUGAAAUGUGACACCUACGCCUAGAGUAGUCUUUUCACCACUGACUUAGGGUUCUUCUGUUCAUCAGUUUUGUGAUCAAUCUGCUCCGAGAAUCUCUAUAAUUCCAAUGGCUGAGAAAGAGUGUACCGUCAAUUUUGAGCUACUCAACUUCGGCCAAGACCCGGUGCCACGGCGAGAGCUCCGCUCCGACUACCUCGCCGUCCGGAGCUUCACCAGUGAGAAAAGAGACGAUUUAAUGAGUCCGGAUUCGAUGAAGUUUGAUGUGAUCAUUGAUAUAGUUGACAAACUGCAUGAGCAAGUUCAGCUUCCGAGAGAACAAGUAGCGGAUGCACAAGCACUUAACACAGUGGUGGCCUCUGUUAUGUCACAUUCUAAUGGGGAAACUACCCCCAGCGAUUUCAUUACCGGUUUGAUUACAUAUUUCGGGCAAGUCAAUAGGCCAUCAGUGAACAAAGAUAAUGCCCAUGUCUCACUAAAAUGGAAAGAUAUUGGAUUUUCUGUUUCACCAAUACUCAAGAGGGCUGUUGGAUGUUGCAUAAUGCUUGGACCCAUGAAUAUUGAGAUUAAGCAAAGGAAGGUUGCUGUCCACGCCGGAAAGCCUACCACAAAUCAUCUGCCCAAGGAAGUCCUCGUUUGUGUGUUGUAUGAAAAAUGUUUUGCUAUCAAUAAUGAAGGAGGCGAAAGAACUGAUACAGAUUUGAACAUGGCAACAAUGUUUGAGAUUUUAAAGAACAAGAAAAGGGUGGAACUCAGUUGUUUGAUACUAAACAGAAGGUCUUUUGCACAGACAGUGGAGAAUCUAUUUGCUCUGUCAUUUCUGGCAAAAGACGGCAGAGUUAGAAUUGCUGUCGAAGCAAAUGGUUCUCAUAUUGUUUCUCCUACGAAUGGUCCUGUUGCCAAUGAAGUGGCUUAUCACCAUUUUGUGUUCCGAUUUGAUUUCAAGGACUGGAAGAUAAUGAUGGAAAUGGUGGCUGUUGGUGAGGAGCUGAUGCCUCAUAGAGACAGCACAAAGUGCACACCUGCCUCUGAGGAGCAACCAGCAGCAUUCAAUUCCCAAACAGCGACAGCCUUACACACAACCCGGAUUCAAAAACUUACCAGAAACCAUGCCCUGGUUGUGCAGCAAAAAUCUGCUGCAGAAGAAUUCUUUGAAAAUGAUGAUGCUGUUGGAGCCACAGAACUUCGCAGGUGUAAGCGCAGGCUUUCGUUUAAUACAUGUUUAAGCGGAAGCUUAAGUUGAUGGGAAGAUUGGAUUUAGGAUCCUCUACUGAUCUUAGGGUGUUGAUUUUACACCUGUGUCUAAAAUGACGUAGUUUAUUGAAUAAAGUUCAAGACAAAUGUAAUUUUAAACAUAAGCACAAAAUCAACAUUGCUAAGAUCAGUAAAGGAUCCGGAUCACAGUCAUACAGGGAUAGUAGGUUUAUUUUGAUCAACUACCUGCUGUAUAUCUAGACUACUACUAUUUAGUGCCGAAUUUGGAAGACAGCUUUCUACUUGGAUUCCAUUUUGCACCAGGUUAGGUUGACCGUUAAUCCUCUUGGAGCUGUUUUACUUAUGUACUCACUGUAAACUGAAGAUCAAGUACGUAUAUACGCAGGCUUUGGGUAUCUAUGUUCCUGGUGGCAUUUUGAAAUAAAUGCCCGUUUUAUACUUUAGUGGAUCAUAUUAAUGAAG